GUCGGACCAUUUUUUGUCGUCCUGCGGCUAUUUGUAACCCUAGUUUCCGAACAAUCCCUGAUCAACCCUGCAAUUCGUUCCGUCCUCCAUGGCUAAGAAGCGAAAGGUCCGGUCUUCUGAGCCUCAACAAGAAGCUGACCAGGCUCAACCGCAGGAACAAUCACCACAAGACCAAGAACCUCAACAAAUAGAUGAGGAAUUAGAACCCCAAACUCAUCAUGUAGACCACGAACAAGAACAACCCAUCGAAGAAAAAGAGCCAGAAAACAUGGAGGAGGGCGGGAAUGAUGAAGAAAACCCCGAUCAAGAGGAACCAGAUGAUGCAAACACCUCCUUAAACGACGGCGUAUUAGCAGAACAAGCCCCACAAUCCGAAGCUAACGGUGAUGGCGAACGAGAAGAAGAUAGCGGCAGAGAAGAAGAGGAGGAAGAGGAAGAAGUGGUGGAAGAGCCUGUGGAGAGGCUUCUGGAACCCUUUUCGAAAGAUCAAUUGGUGGUUUUACUCAAAGAAACCGUUACAAAGUACCCGGAAUUCGUUGAAAGCAUAGAGAAGUUGGCCGAUUUGGACCCGGCUCACCGGAAGAUCUUCGUGCACGGCUUUGGCUGGGAUACCAAUGCCGAAACCCUAAUUUCGGUGUUCGGAAAAUAUGGCGAGAUCGAGGAUUGCAAAGCAGUCACCGACAAGGUCUCCGGAAAAUCUAAAGGGUAUGGAUUUAUUCUCUUUAAACACCGGAGUGGUGCCCGGAAGGCCCUCAGGCAGCCCCAGAAACAGAUUGGGAAUCGAAUGACCUCGUGCCAGCUGGCGUCUGCCGGACCAGUCCCGGCGCCAGCGCCGACGACAGGGCCUCAGGUUUCGGAGUAUACCCAGAGGAAGAUUUUUGUGAGCAAUGUUUCUGCGGAUAUGGAUCCGCAAAAGCUAUUAGAAUUCUUUUCAGAAUAUGGGGAGAUUGAGGAUGGGCCUUUGGGUUUGGAUAAGCAAACUGGGAAGCCUAAAGGGUUUGCAUUGUUUGUGUAUAGGACAAUUGAGAGUGCUAGAAAGGCUUUAGUAGAGCCACAUAAGAAUUUUGAUGGGCAUACAUUGCAUGUUCAACAGGCCGUUGAUGGGCAAAAACCUAAUAAACAUAACUAUCAUCAUCAGCAGCAAUACCAGCAGCAGCAUGGUCAUUACCAUCAUCACGGCACAAAAAAGGGGAAGUAUUUGGGCGGUAGUGGGGCCGGAUCUGGGCAUCUGAUGGCGCCAUCGGCUCCUGCUGUAGUCGGUUUCAACCCAGCGGUGGCAGCGCCUGCGUUGGCUCCGGCUUUGGGACAGGCAUUUACUGCCUUUCUUGCGACUCAGGGAGCUGGAUUGGGGCUUACGAAUAUGCUUGGAGGACUUAGUGCGCCGAUGAACCAGGGAGUGCCGCCUGUAGUGAACAAUGUUGCAGCGUAUGGAAAUCUGGGUGGAGGUUACGGAAAUCAGGGUGGAGGUGGUUAUGGGAGUCAGCCGGGGGUGCAGGGUGGGUACCACAAUCAACAUAUGGGGCAGGGCAGGGGCCGUCCACAGCAGGGUGGUGCUCCGUACAUGGGUCAGGGUCGCUAGCUGAGUGAAAGGUAUUAGGUAUGAUUUUUAAUGAGCUUAUGUUAAUUGCUUUGUGAUGUUAGUUAAAGGUUUAGUAUAGAGAGGUAUUUGGAGCCGUUAGCAUUCAAAAGAGCAUUAUUUCCAGUCGUAUAGUGGAGUUAGAUAUUAUAGGGGGUGAGGGGGCUUGAAGGAGCAUUGAGAAAAGAAAGUGUGGAUCUCAGAACUGAAUUUGAGGAGGUGAUGUUUAUAGAAGAGACUUUUUGGACGCAAAAGGGUAAGGUUAAAUGGGUUAAAAAAGAGCUAACAAUUCUAACUUAUCUCAUAGGCUGACAACAAUGAAGAACUUACAUAAAUUCGAACUUGGUGAAGGUUUAGUUAUUAAGGAUGAUCGCACGGAGGGGUUAGAUUGGGGUCUUAUUAGUGAACGUCAAACAAGUUAGUUAGAAAGACCUUUUAAGGAGAGUGAGCUGAGAAUGAGAGUAGUAGUUUUUUGAGUGCAAUAAAGGUAGCUCUCUUGUGUUAGAUUGUUUUUCUAUGACAGUGUUUCAAGAUUGUUGGGAUAUUAUGAGGGUGAUUUAAUCAAGGCACUCAUGGGGUUUGUGAUAACUGAGUGGUUAAUGUGAAUACCAAUACAGGUUACAAUUGUUUGACUUCGAAAAAGCAUUGUUUGUUGGACAUUAAUUAUUGCAGAAUCAUAAGUUUGGUUUCUAAUCAGACCAAGAUUUUAGCGAAACUUUUGUCCAUAUGGCUAAGAGAAGUUUUGGGUAAUAAAAGUUUGAAAUAUCUGGGAGCUUUUGUGAAUGGAAGACAUAUAACUACAUAUUGCUCUAGUGGCAAACGAAGAUGUUGAGGAGUAUACGGUGAAUGGCAAGGAAUGGAUUGUUUUUGAGAUUGAUUUUGAAAGAAUAUAUGAUCAUGUGAAUUGGGGGUUUUUAGACUUUUAUUCUUGGAUUAAAGGUUUUAAGUGUAGAUAGAGUUGGCGGAUGAAGGGAUGCUUAAGUUCAAUGAAUAUUUUAGUUAUCUUUAGUGGUAGGUAGGGAGGAAAAUGUAAUGCAUCUAUGGAACACAAACAGGGGAUCCAUUGUUUUUUUUGGUUACUUUCUUGUUGAUGGAUUAAAUAGGCUAGUGAGAGAUUGGGAGAGUGUAAUUUAAUCCAGGGAGGUCGAUUGAGAUGGAAGAAGUUGGGGUUUCUCAUUUAUGUUUGCGGAUGACAAGAUUUCUUUCCGUUAAGUGACGAGUAAAAGUUUUAAAAUUUAAGGCAUUAUCGAGUUAUUUUGUUUCAUUUUGGGUUUAAAGGUUAAUGUUUCUAGUGUUAGGCUUCCAUUUGGGGGGCCAGGGGGAUGGGUUGGAAUCCUCCUGGUUUUGAAAUCCUCUAUCUUUGGAUUUUUUGAACACAACUUUAGAGAAGGUGCAAAAAAAAAUUGAAUGGAUGGAAAAAGAAUUGUUUAUCAAAGAGUGGAAGACCUUACUUCAAUGUAGUCUGUUGUAGAGAGGUCCUUUAGUUUUGUAUCUUUUUAAUAUGUUGAUGUGGGUUGCAAAAAGAGUUGAGAUGAUGAUGAGAUACUUUUUUAUGGAAAGAAGUGGUAAAGGGAAAAAAUCAUUUAGGUAGUUGAGAGGUAUUGUUUAAGUAGUUAAGAGGUAGUCUUUAGAUGCAAAUUGAAGGAAGGAUUGCUAGUGGGGUCUUGGUUAAGUAAGAGAAACAUAGCUCUAUUAGGAAAGAGAGAAACAUAGCUCUAUCAGGAAAGUGGUUGUGGACGUUUCUAUGGGAAUAUGACUCUUUGUCACACAUUGUAUUAAGAGUAAAUGGUAGGUUUACUUGGUAAAAUUUAAUUGGGUUUUGUUAGUUUGUGUUUGACUAUUAUGCCAUGAUGCCUGAUUCCAGUUCAUUUCGUGUGGUCCAACACCUUUUAGGUUUGAAAGUAUGUGGUUGGAGCAUUACUUGUUCAAGGGUCAUUUCUAGUGGUAGUUGCAAGCAUAGUUGUUAGUAUUGUACGAUACGUCGAUAAAACGAUACGGAUCGUAGUUAUGUAUCAUUUUUGCACCGUAUUGUCCGAUACACGAUACGUUUUUACGAUACGUGUAAAACCUUUUCUUUUUUUUUUCUUUUCUGAAACUACGUCG